GCCGCGGUGCUUGUUCGGGCAGUUCACGACUCAAUGUGUGUGCGUAUAUGGCGCUCGUCCAACUCCCCACUUUCUCGUUGCUCGCUCUAGUGGCUAUCGCCGUCGCCGAGGACCACAAUUCUGCCUCGUGGCAGAUCAAGGCCUACGGCAGUGCCGCGCCGGAUUUUCUCGCCGCCAGCGCCACCAUCUCAGAUGGCAAGAACGUGCUCAAGAAGGGCACCAAUGGCUGGACGUGCAUGCCUGCCAACCCGCGCGGCAUGAGCGACCCGGACAAUGGCUGGCUCUCGGCGCACGAGGCGAUGCCCGUCUGCUUCGACGCCGCCGGCCUCGACUGGAUGGAGGGAUGGAUGUCGCAGAGCAAGCCUGUAAUGAAGCGCGACUCCUAUGUCUGGAUGCUGGCGGGCGACAUGGGCGAGGACAACUCGACGCCGAUGACGAUGACGCAGGCCGAGGCCAACGGCACGUGGAUCGAGUCGGGCCCGCAUCUGAUGCUGUUCCCCAAGGACCCGGAGAGCCUCGACUCGUGGCCGGACGACCCCUUCAAAGGCGAGCCGUACGUCAUGUUCAAGGGGACGGACUACGCCCACGUGAUGAUCCCUCUUCCUGGCUACUACGCCUACUCGCCGGCCGACAAGGCGCCAAAGGGCUUCGGCGGGUCGGCGGUGGCCGCGGAGCCGCCUCCCGCCGAGGUACCCUUCACGCCGCCCUCGCUGCUCGCUCUCGGCUUCGCCCUCGGCGUCGCCGCCAGUCUCGCCGCCACCAGGCUCACGGUGUCGCGCCUCCCGAUGGUGUGAGCGCGUCACCGCACACCGCUCACCCUAGAAUACAGCCACUCUGUCUGAAGGCCCGGCCGACCGUGCUCGGCCGGCCAUCGGAUGCCCUGUACCGUGUUGGGGCGGCAGUGCAGGGCGGCCGCAACAUAUGUCCAAGCCCCCAGCGCCUGCAUUCUCGUACGUAGCAGUGAUCCAGAUUCCAGUGCCGUCGCGUGUAAUGCUCGUCUGAAACACGACUGCCGUGCUUCAUGCUGCGGUCGUGCCCGUGCGUCGGUCGUCGUCGUCUCGGACGGCUGCUUGACCUCGAGUGCUUGACCAGGCUCCAGGGAGGGUACGAAUCGGUACGUACGCUUUGUCCGAAAGGAUAAAAGGAAAACGCG